AUGGACGUCGACAGCCUUUUGAAUCAUCUCUUGUGUACACGUGACAUUAUUGGGGUGAAUCCUGCCGUUCUCAACAAAAUAAUCCAUCAAGCAAUGAAAGUAUUUGAAACGCAGCCUGUAGUGUUAGAGUUGAACCCCCCUAUAACGAUAUGUGGAGAUAUUCAUGGGCAAUACAAUGACUUAAUCGAAUUGUUCAAUAAAAUUGGCCAACCCGGAAAGCAACUGCCCUCGACAAAAUAUCUGUUUCUUGGGGAUUAUGUUGACAGAGGCGAGAAGUCAAUUGAGACAAUCAUUUUAUUGUUUUGCUACAAAAUCAAAUUUUCAAAGAAUUUUUUUAUGAUUCGAGGAAACCACGAAACUUCUUCUAUUAACGCCGUUUAUGGAUUCAAAAAAGAGAUAUCUAAAAAGUUUGGGAAUAAUUAUGAAAAAUUAUGGGACACGUUUAACAACGCCUUUGCGCAAAUGCCUAUAACUGCACUAGUUGGAGGCGAGAAAUUCCUUUUUUUUCGUUAUAAUUUCAAAACAUUUUACAGGUCGUAUUUUGUGUAUGCACGGAGGCAUCUCGCAACACUUAGGAUCACUUAA